CACAAUAUUUUUUUUUAUUCUGUCGCCCUGCGCUUCUUGUCGUGUUUUGUUCCGCUCGCAUCUCCACGAUCAGCAGCGCGCGUUCGUCGUCGUUGAUGGCUGAUGGUUGUUGAUGCUCGCCGUUGCUUGCUUGCUCCCCGCAGUGAUCUUUGCGCUGAGCUGACGCGCUAACCAACCAACCAACCAACCAACUAACCAUGGACGAGGAGGGUACAGGCCAGCCACUGGCCAAACGCGCGCACUUGACAAAGCCAGUGGCAGCGUCGUCGCAGUCGCAGUCGCAGUCGCAGCCGGAUGUGCCAUCGCCCGUGAAGACGCGCCCAAACUGGACGCUGGACGGCACGAGCGGCUGGCUGCUGGACACCAAGAGCGCCGUGUACAUGGACCCGGAGUCGCGCAUGUUCUUCAAGCUGGACGCGGCCGCGGGCAGCCUGGAGCCGUGCAGCUCGCCACCGGAGACGGGGCCCUCGGAGGCGCUGGUCAAGCGCGCGCUCGACUUCAAGGCGCAGUCCAAGCAGCAGAGGCCGGAGCAGACGCCCAGCAACACCAGCACCCGCGGCAGUGGCAGUGGCAGUGGCAGUGGUGGCAACACCAACACCAACACCGACACCAACAGCAACAGUGGUAGCACAGCAAAGCCGGCACUGCUGCGUUACAGUCCACAGACACGGAGAACGACGAUGCAGAGACGACACGCGACCAACAUCAUGGGCGCUUUCAACCACGGCGGUCCCCUCAGCAACGUCGAUGCCGACACUGCCGAAUCGUUCCGUGAUCUGAGCACAUACCAGGAGCAGAUCAAGCAGCUGGAAGUGCUGCUGCGCGCAAGUCCCGGUGACGAGCAGAUUCUCGCAACCAUCAACGGCCUCAAGGAGAUUACGCGCCUGUUGGAGGCAAAGGUUCACGAGGGUCACGAGCUGGACAUGGCCUACCUGCAGACCGUUUUGAAAUGCGUCAAGGACGGGUUUAAAUGCACGGACAAAAACUUUGUCGGCCUGGCGAAACGCAAGAAAAUGAAGGCCGGAUCAACCGCACUCGUCGCCAUUGUCAACGGUGACAGCAAGUACAAUGCGCACGUGGUUGUUGCCAAUUUGGGCGAUUGCCGCGCUGUUCUCUGCAGAGACGGACGUGCUGUUCCGCUCAGCGUUGACCACAAACCAAGCAGACGAGACGAAGCGAAGAGAAUCAAGGAGGCCGGCGGCCGUGUCGUCGAGGUGUACGGGAUCUCGCGCGCGACGACGCAACACCGCGACCGCUACGGCGGAGCGCCGCCGCUCAUGCUCGCCGUCUCCCGCUCGUUUGGCGACUACACGCUCAAGGUGCCGCAUCCGAUUGUAAGCUACCAGCCCGAGACGCGAAUUGAGCGCGUUGGGCCGAACGACUACUUCCUCCUCCUCGCCUGCGACGGCGUGUGGGACGUCCUCUCAAACCAGGAGGCAAUCAACAUUGCCAAGGAACACUACACAAAGCCAGACGAAGCUGCGCGCGCUGUGAUCCAGGCUGCGUACGACAAGCGGAGCAACGACAACCUGACGGCGAUGGUGAUUGAGUUUGCCUGGAACGACAUGCACGCAGCAAAGGACCAGACAAACGGGAAAACGAGCAGCAGCAGUGGUGGUGGCGGUGGUGGUGGUGAGAGCUCUGCGCCGGCGAGCGACGGGGCGGCGAAAGGAAAGGAGGGCGGUGGUGGUGCUGAUGAUGAUGAUGAUGACGAUAUUGAUGACAUGUUCGGUGGGCAGUGAGCGAGGGAGAGAUUGUGUGUGUGUGUGUGUGUGUG